GGAGAGCACAGGAGGAGAGGCGUGUGGUGGGGAAGCCAGCAGGGAAACAUUAGCCCUCGUUUUUUUCUCGUAGCUCACUAAUUUUCUUGUUUAUUCCCGGGACCGCUGGCGACGCGCAGCCAAGCCGGGACGCACCGCUCGAACCCAGGACGCACGACCGGUAUGAUGGAUAGAUAGCAGAAGGACGAAGAGGAAGAGAAGAGAAUGUCGUUCUUUGGCAUGGACUGCGUCAGGAAGAAAGAGAGAGAGCUGGAGAGGAAACUCCGCGCCAACGACCGCGAGUACAACCUCUCCUUUAAAUAUGCAACGAAUGCCAUCAAGACUUCCAAAUACAACUUCUUCACCUUCCUACCUCUUAACCUGUUCGAGCAGUUCCAGAGGAUUGCUAAUGCCUACUUCAUGUUUCUCCUGGUGCUCCAGGUAAUUCCUCAGAUCUCCUCUCUGUCCUGGUUCACCACUGUCGUGCCUCUGGUUCUUGUGCUGUCAGUCACCGCUGCCAAGGAUGCCACUGAUGAUAUCAAUCGCCACAGGAGUGACAAUCAAGUCAACAACCGAAAAGCUGAAGUCCUUAUUGAUAGGAAACUACGUAGCGAGAAAUGGAUGAACGUUCAGGUGGGAGACAUCAUCAAGCUGGAAAACAACCAGUUUGUCACUGCUGACCUCCUGUUGCUCUCUAGCAGUGAACCUCUCAACCUGGUGUACAUUGAGACGGCAGAACUGGAUGGAGAGACAAACCUGAAAGUGAAACAGGCCCUGACUGUGACAGGAGACCUGGGAGAUGAUAUUGAAAAACUGGCCGACUUCAAUGGCGAGGUACGCUGCGAACCCCCCAACAACCGCCUGGACCGCUUCACGGGAACGCUAACCUACGCUGGUCAGAAAUAUCCACUGGACAACGAGAAGAUCCUGCUGCGAGGCUGCACACUGAGGAACACUGAGUGGUGCUUUGGACUGGUGCUGUUUGGAGGUCCAGAGACAAAGCUAAUGCAGAACUGUGGGAAAAGCACGUUCAAGAGGACCAGCAUAGACCGUCUGAUGAAUGUCCUAGUCCUUUGUAUUUUUGGUUUCCUGGCCAUCAUGUGUACCGUCCUGGCAAUAGGGAACUACUUUUGGGAGCUGAACGAAGGUUCACAGUUCAUAGUCUUCCUGCCCAGACAAGAUGGCAACAAAGCUGCCUUCUCUUCCUUCCUCACAUUCUGGUCUUACGUCAUCAUCCUCAACACUGUGGUUCCCAUCUCUCUCUAUGUUAGUGUGGAGAUCAUUCGACUGGGGAACAGCUUCUACAUUGACUGGGACAGGAAGAUGUACUAUGCACGAAAUGACACCCCCGCUGAGGCUCGCACCACCACACUGAACGAAGAGCUCGGCCAAAUCAAAUAUGUCUUCAGUGACAAAACAGGGACACUCACGCAGAACAUCAUGACCUUCAACAAGUGUUCUAUCAACGGCAAAUCUUACGGUGAAGUGUAUGACUACACAGGUCAGAGACUAGAAAUUACUGAGCACACAGACACAGUGGACUUCUCCUUCAACCAGCUGGCUGACCCCCGCUUUGUGUUCCACGACCACGCCUUGGUGGAGGCGGUGAAGCUGGAGAACCCAGAGGUCCAUGCCUUCUUCAGACUGCUGGCUCUCUGCCACACCGUCAUGGCUGAGGAGAAGAAAGAAGGUGAGAUUUUCUACCAGGCCCAGUCUCCAGAUGAAGGAGCAUUGGUAACAGCGGCCAGAAACUUUGGAUUUGUCUUUCGCUCACGUACACCAGACAGUGUUUCCAUCAUGGAAAUGGGAAAGCAGUGCAGCUAUGAACUCCUGGCCAUACUGGAUUUUAACAAUGUCCGCAAGAGGAUGUCCGUCAUAGUUAGGAGUCCAGAGGGGAAGCUCUCUCUCUACUGUAAAGGUGCAGACACAAUCAUCUAUGAGAGGCUGCAUCAGUCCUGCAGCAAGCUGAUGGAUGUCACUACAGAUCACCUUAAUGAGUUUGCAGGGGAGGGCCUACGGACUCUGGUGCUUGCCUAUAAGGAUUUGGAUGAGGAGUAUUUCAACCAGUGGCAACAGCGUCACCAUGAGGCCAGCACUGAUCUGGACGACAGAGAGAGCAAACUGGACCAACUCUAUGAGGAGAUAGAGAAGGAUCUGUUGCUGCUAGGAGCAACAGCCAUAGAAGACAAGUUACAAGAUGGAGUACCUCAGACUAUUGAGCAGCUGUCCAAAGCUGACAUCAAAAUCUGGGUUUUGACCGGUGACAAGCAAGAAACUGCAGAAAACAUUGGAUACUCGUGCAACUUACUGCAGGAGGAGAUGAACGAAGUCUUCAUCGUCUCAGGCAACUCACCUGAGGAUGUCAGACAGGAACUGAGAAAUGCACGGACCUCCAUGAAACCAGAUGCAGUGGAGGAUUCAGUCUUUCUGCCAGAAAGAACUCUGGGUAAAAGUGUGAAAGUGCUCACAGACGAGGUAGUGAAUGGAGAGUAUGGCCUGGUUAUCAACGGACACAGCCUGGCAUAUGCCCUCGAGCACAGCAUGGAGCUGGAGUUCCUGAGGACGGCGUGUAUGUGUAAGGCAGUGAUCUGCUGCAGGGUCACUCCUCUGCAGAAGGCUCAGGUGGUCCAGCUGGUCAAGAAGUACAAGCAGGCAGUCACACUGGCCAUAGGAGAUGGAGCCAAUGAUGUUAGCAUGAUCAAAGCCGCUCACAUAGGGGUCGGCAUCUCAGGUCAGGAGGGCAUGCAGGCCGUGCUGUCCAGCGACUACUCCUUCGCCCAGUUUCGCUUCCUGCAGCGCCUCCUGCUGGUGCACGGCCGCUGGUCCUACCUGCGUAUGUGCAAGUUCCUGCGCUACUUCUUCUACAAGAACUUCACCUUCACCUUUGUCCACUUCUGGUACGCCUUCUUCUGCGGCUUCUCUGCACAGACGGUGUAUGAUGAGUGGUUCAUAACACUCUACAAUCUGAUGUACACAGCACUACCUGUACUGGGAAUGAGUCUGUUUGAUCAGGAUGUGAACGACGUGUGGAGUUUCCAGCAUCCUCAGCUCUACGUUCCUGGUCAACUCAACCUGUACUUCAGCAAGAAGGCUUUCUUCAAGUGUGCCCUCCACAGUGUCUACAGCUCCUUGGUGCUCUUCUUCAUCCCUUACCUAGCCAUGUGCAACACUGUGAGGGAUGACGGGAAGGACGUCGCCGACUACCAGUCCUUUGCCCUCCUCACCCAGACAUGUCUGCUGUUUGCCGUCAGCAUCCAGUUGAGUUUUGAGAUGACUUAUUGGACAGCAGUGAACACUUUCUUCGUGCUGGGCAGUCUGGCCAUGUACUUUGCUGUCACAUUCACCAUGUACAGUAACGGCAUGUUUCUCAUGUUGCCAUCAGCCUUCCCUUUCAUAGGAGCAGCUCGAAACUCUCUGAACCAGCCGAAUGUUUGGCUGACGAUCCUGCUCACCUCUAUCCUGUGUGUCCUUCCUGUGGUUACCUACCGCUUCCUGUUGAUUCAGCUCUGCCCCACCAUCAAUGAUAAGGUGAUGUUCAAGGUGAGACAAGCCAAAGCAACACCUCCCCCUCCAACUCGACGCACCCGCAUCCGGCGCACAAGCUCCCGCCGUUCAGGUUACGCCUUCUCGCAUGCGCAGGGAUACGGGGACCUUGUGACAUCGGGACGGUUCCUGCGGCGUCCUGCUGUUUCACGUUCUUCAGGUUUCACCCACAUUGGUCGGACAACAACAGGGUUCAGUCCCAUGGGACGAUCAGCUGGAUACAGCCCGACAGGACGUCUUCAGAAUGCCAAGGUCCCGGAUGUGGAGGUGACAUCACUGCAGAUGUACAGGACUAUCAAGGAUCCGGCCCUCUGACUGUAAAAUGUAAUUUCAACAGGACAGCUGUAUGCCGGUGGCUCCCCUUUGUCCAUUUACCAUGAAAAAUUUGACUGGGCUUUCCAGAGUUCAUGUCAAAGAUUUUUCAUGCUCUGUCUCUCUGCCUGAUGAAAAGUACAUGACUUUUGCUCCAGGCGUUUUGGUUUGGUUAUAAUGGUUUUUUAAAGGGAACUACAGCAAAAUGUGUAGCCACUUCUGAUUGGUGUACGGAUCACUUUCCUUAGAUCGUGAGUGUUCAUGUAAACCUUUCAUGUAAAGCAUGCCUUAGGCAGAGCCAACGGAGGUCUGACAGAUGACAUCUUAUUGACACUAGAAACAGUAACAGGGUUAUUCAUUUCCAGAUAGGAACUACCACAGAAGGACAAAGUGUCAUCAUGUUUACAGACUACCCAGAUUUUUGUAACUCUGGGAGUCCAGCUGCAGCAGGGCUUUGUAUAGAGGAUGUAAUCAGCAAAGCCAUAUUGCAUGAAAUCAUUUUAAUUUUGUAUCUGGCGUGUCUUUUUAAAGCAUUUUAUUUUCCUAUCUUGAAAACUGUACAGGCAGUUAGCACUUUGGCAGCACCAUGUGGCGUGGGAGAUAACUUAAUGUUUGAAAGAUGUCUCUCUCCCAACAAACAUUGUCUCAGUGGCUUAUGGGAAGAGAACAUAUGCAAAGAAAACAUCCUGCUUUUGUUGGACAUUUUUAUUCUUGAAUUUUGUACAACUUAAAUUAAUUGGAAAAAUUAAGGAAAAAACAGAGUCAUUGCAGAAGGGGAUGCUAUGUAGCAGCUCCAAUUUUUGAUUUACACUUAAAACAUGGGGGCAUUUAAGUAUUCAGUAUUCAGUACUACUCCGCAAUGAGACAUACUUUAUACUUUUAGGGCCUAUAAAUUGUAAAAAAAUAGUUUUAUUAUUGGUUAGAAAAUAAUGUAUUAUUGCUUUACAGAUGACUAAUAAGAAUAUUAAGAAGAACAAUGUUCAGACUGACAGAUUGUGAAGGCUGUAUAUAACUUUUUAGACAACUCCUCAAUGCAUCUUGACAGGUUAUUAUGCGGAGAGAAACCUGCAACUCUUUAUUUAUAACAGCAGACCUGAUGGCUAAUUAUGCAGUCAGUCAUGAAGGUAAUUUUAUAAUAAUUAUAAUUAUAUUUAUAAUAAUUUUCUCACUAGGCUUACAGAUAAAAUUAGGAGUAAGUAAUAAGGGAGUUCCUACAUUAGAGUAAUCCAUCAAGUAUAUGAAAAACAGAUCAAUUAAUCAAUCUAAUAAUAAUAAGCUAAUAAGUUAAUAAUUAGCAUGGGUAUUAAACAACCAGACUUGCAUGUCUUUGGGCUGUGGGAGGAAACCAGUCCACAGGAUUUUUCACAACCUGGCAACCCAAACGUUGCUCUUUCUGAUGGCUUAUUCCUGAUCUGUCUUUAUUUAUUCAUUAUUCAUAAAGCCAUAACUUCUGAGUAAUAAACAAUUUAUAAAGAAUGUCUUAUUACAAAGUGGUACCAAAUCUUCUACAGUGCAGCUUUAUAGGAGCAUACAAUGUGCCUCUGUGUUAAUGUCUUGGGUUUACAUUUUGACUAGCAACUACAAGUCUAAAACCCCUUUCAAGUCUUCUGUAUCAUACACAGAGAUAUCCAGGUCAUGUCUAGAUCCAGAUGAGAUGGAUUAUAGUUCAGUACCUGCACCAGAAUGUGCCCUAAAUGCACAUUUAAGUGAUCAAGCUAGUUGAAGCACCCCCCCAUCGAUGUUUUAUUCAGUCUGCGACUAGAGAAGUGGAGCGGCCCUGUGGCACGUAACCUGAAUCCAGAGUUAAAAACAUUGUCCGAGUUGUUUGCUGUAGGAAAAUCAACCACAUCUCCUUGUAUUUGGGAGGUUUGUGAUACUGUACACGCAUUACAGUACAAAGUUAACUGGAUGAUCCUUUUACUCCAUUCAGGAACACAAGCUUGCAUAGCUAGCUCAUCGUUUGUAGUGGUCUUCGACCACUUCGUGUAGAGUGUGAACAAGGCCGUAUAAAACACUGCUUAGAUAAUUCCCAUGAGUUAUUAAUUGGGCAGCAUGAAACCUCAAUAAUCUGUACCUCAUUUUAAAAUCUGUUUAUCAGAUACUGUCGUUUCGGAAUUAUGUCAAAAUCAUGUAUCUAUGUAUGCUUUAGCAACAAGCUCGCUAUUGUAUGUGUGACAAUCAUCAGGGUGGUUAGCAGCAUAUCUAGUCAGCAAAUUAAAAAUGCAGUGUAUCUUAGCUGUUAACUGGCUUAUUUCCAACAUCUUUCUCUUUGUUUGCGGUAUCAGCUUACUGAAAAUAUGACCCAGCGUAAAUAUUUAAUAUUAAAAGGAAUGGAAUUUCCUUUAUUAUGCAACACAAUUGGACAAUUAGAAAGUUCAAAAAUGUUUAUGCAUCCCAAUAUUAGAAAUAUUCAUAAAUGAAAUGAUUUUGAACUUGUCAUGUUUGUUAUUUCAGUACAACCUGAGGAUGACUUCUAUAGUUCUGUGGGAUCAAUAUUAAUUUAUUAUCUGGUGUGUGAAGAUUUAAAUAGUCCAAAUGUAAUCCUUUUUAUAAUUGUACAAUAAUAACAUUUGAUAAUUGCCCACAUUGGCCAAUAGAUAUGCAAUUACUGAUUUUAUUCAUUCAUGAAUUUUUCAUCAUCAGUUGAAUUUAAACCACAAGCUGAUGGAUGGCUUGAUGUCGUGAACUUGUUGAAGUUUGUAUCCAAACAUCUGUCACAAUGUGAUUCAGUUGGUCGUUGCCCAGAAUUGAAUGUAAUAACCACCUCACCCCGCUGGUGGACCAAAGUUAUUUUUGAGGACUUCUCUGUUGUACACUAAAGUUUGUUUCUUAUUUUUUACUGGAAAGUGUUUUAUAUGGAAAUAUAAUAAGUUGGAAUAUGCAAGAAGAAACAUUUAUUGCAUGUUUGUAAAACUGUUGCUGUGAUUGGAUCUUUGCCCAAUUGUUUUGUUUUUUGAGUUUACCUCAAACUCUUGUUAUAUCAUUUCACCGUUUUAAAGAGUGGUCUGGUAGCUAGUCCAGUUUUGUUACCAGUUUCAUUGUGCUGGAGACUGUUUCAGAAAUGCUAUUUGUGAGCACACAGAUCCAGAUGGUCACGGCAAAUAGCAAAUAGCUUUUAAAUGCUCAUGUAUGGAUCACAAAUAUGUAAUUUGUUAUUAGUGAACAAGUUGCAAAUUUUGCAAAUUUGGUGAAAUUAGCACCUAAAUGACAUUCAACAGAGCUCAGUCUGCAGUAUUAAUGCAGAAUAAAAUGAUGACGAAUGGCCACUUUACAGUCCACUAAUGUAUUGCAAGUGUCUUCAGUAUUUCUGUGGUACUGUUGAAAAUUAUUUGUAGCCAUAGUGAAAACUUUAGAUAUUUAUCAUUAUAUUACAACCAUUGUAUCUCUAGUCCUGAUGACUGAAAUAAUAACAGUAUAAGGCAUUGUCAAUAACUAUUGCUCAAACAUGACAAAAGAAAUCUAGUGAUUUUUCUUACUGUUUUUCCUGAUAAGCAUUUUGUAUAAUUUUGUACGUUUUUACUGCAAUAAAAAGAUCUAAAGAUCAAA